AGCAGCAGCACCAGUAGGGAGGGCUGUGGGAACCAACACUGAGAGAGGCACUACUCUUGUCCAUUUUCCGCACCCCUGACGGAUCUAUAGCAGUGACAGGAGGCGGAAAAACAGGCGGCACUGUUGGGCAUCGCGACCGAUUGCCUCCAGUCUGGGCCUGGCCAUGGACGAACAGGCAGGGCCCGGUGUGUUCUUCAACAAUAACAACAACUCGUUAUUAGCCAGCGGUGGCGGCGGAGGGAAAGCGCCACAACCGGGCGACGGCGGUGGUGGAGAGGCGGCCAGGGCGCAGUACAGUAUUCCGGGGAUACUGCACUUUCUGCAGCACGAAUGGGCCCGGUUCGAGGUCGAACGAGCCCAGUGGGAGGUGGAACGAGCAGAAUUGCAGGCUCAGAUUGCCUUUCUGCAGGGGGAGAGGAAGGGGCAGGAGAACUUGAAGAAGGACCUGGUCAGGAGAAUCAAGAUGCUGGAAUACGCUCUCAAGCAGGAGAGGGCGAAGUAUCAUAAGCUGAAGUACGGCACAGAACUCAAUCAGGGAGACAUGCGACCCCCCAGUUACGACUCAGAUGAGGGGAAUGACACAGAGCUUCCUGAGCCGCCAAACAGCCAGCUGAGCUGGAAGCAGGGACGCCAGCUGCUGAGACAGUACCUCCAGGAGGUGGGCUAUACGGACGCCAUAUUGGAUGUCAAGUCCCAGCGUGUGCGGGCGCUGCUGGGCCUGAGCGGUGACUCCGGCUCCUCCUCCUCUUCCUCCGGUACUGCAGGGGGCGCCGCAGACAGGACGUCAGGCCACCGGCACGCCAGCGACAGCAUGGUCAACGGCACCGAGCCCUCCUCGCCUAAAGAGGCCGCCGACGCAGGGAAGCCAGAGUUGUCUGACUCUGCCACGGUGCUGGAGGCCUUUAAGUUCAUCGAGGGAGCGGUGGCAGACUUCAGCGACGAGGACGAUGACGAGGACAACAGCGAGAAGAACAUCAUGGACCUGGCACACACGUUGGUGAGGAAGAAAGCGGCGUCGCCCUCGCCCUCCUCCCCGUCCUCCUCCACGGACAUGAGCGACGACCCGGAUACGGAGGAGGCCAUGAAGGGGUUCGACUUCCUGACCAGCGCAGACGAGGCGGACGGAGGACCAGACUCGGGAUCCGCAGACGGACCAGACUGGGGGCAGGAUGAGUCGAGUCCAGGUGAGGCGUGGGAGGUGGACCAGGGCCUCAUCAGCAGACUGAAGGAGCAAUACCGCAAGGAACGCAAGGGCAAGAAGGGGGUCAAGAGGCCUAAUCGUUCUAAGCUGCAGGACAUGUUGGCUAACCUGCGUGAUGCUGAGGAUCUGCCCUCCAUGCAGCCUCCAGUCAACCCCCCCGCGCGCCCCCCCAUUCCCCGCCUCAAUGACCAUGAGCUGGGACGCGCAGACGAAGUGGAGGCCAUGACGUUUCCUCCGUCCUCGGGCAAGUCCUUCAUCCUGGGCCCAGACGAGGCGCUGCAGAGCGAGCUGGGACUGGGAGAGCUGGCCGGCCUCACCGUGGCCAACGAGGCGGAGAGCCUGGCCUACGACAUGUCCAGUAGUCAGGAUCUGCGUAAGACGUGGAACCCCAAGUUUACGCUGCGGAGCCACUUUGACUCGGUGCGCGCCCUGGCCUUCCACCCUGUGGAGCCCGUACUCGUCACCGCGUCAGAGGACCACACGCUCAAGAUGUGGAACCUCAACAAGACGGCACCCACCAAGAAGUGUGCUGCUCUGGACGUGGAGCCCAUAUACACCUUCAGAGCACACAGAGGUGCGGUGCUGUGUGUGGUGAUGAGUUCUAACGGUGACCAGUGCUUCAGCGGGGGUGUGGACGGAACCAUCCAGAGCUGGAACACUCCCAACCCCAACAUCGACCCCUACGACUCAUAUGAGGCGUCAGUGUUGCGCGGGUCGCUGUGUGGCCACACGGACUCGGUGUGGGGCGUGGCCUACAGCUCGUCCCACCACCGCCUGCUCUCCUGCUCGGCCGACGGGACCGUGCGCCUCUGGGACGCCGCCAACACCGACCCUGCACUGGCAGUCUUCAACCAGGACCUGGAGCUGGGCAUCCCCUCCUCAGUGGACCUGGUGCGCAGCGAGGCGGCUCACAUGGUGUCUGCGUUUGACAGCGGCCAGAUCGGCAUCUACAACAUGGAGACACAGCAGCUACUGCUCAAGCUAGACACAGAGACACCAGGAGAGAGCGAUAUCUCGUCCCAUAUAAACCGGGUGCUGAGUCACCCUACACUACCCAUCACCAUCACGGCACAGGAGGACCGGCACAUACGCUUCUACGACAACAACACAGGUAAGCUGAUCCACUCCAUGGUGGCCCACCUGGACGCCGUCACCAGCCUGGCAGUCGACCCCAACGGCCUGUACCUCAUGUCCGGCAGCCACGACUGCUCGGUGCGCCUGUGGAACAUGGAGAGUAAGACGUGCAUCCAGGAGUUCACCGCACACCGCAAGAAGUUCGAGGAGUCCAUUCACGACGUCGCGUUCCACCCCACCAAGGCGUUCAUAGGCAGUGCCGGGGCCGACGCGCUCGCCAAAGUCUUCGUAUGACGACCCAAUUAUCUCUGAAACACGCACGCAUAUACGCUGAAACACACACUGAAACAGGCAUAUACGUAUACACACACCAAACUCUGAAGAAUCGAUUCGCGACGUCGCUUUCCACCCCACCAAGGCGUUCAUAGGCAGUGCCGGGGUCGACGCCCUCGCCAAGGUCUUUGUAUGACGACCCCAUUGUCUCUGAAACAUGCACGCGUAUACACUAAAACACACACUGAAACGGGCAUAUACGUACGUAUAUACACACAGACACACACUCUGAGGAAUCGAUUCACAAAGUCUUUGUAUGUCGAUCUCAAUGUUUCCGAAACACAAACACACACACACUCACCGUUUCAACGUGGCGCUGGGGCUGACGCUCUCCCAAAGAUUCACGACACAGUCCCUGACACAGUGAAACACGGCCACUCCAUACAUACUGUAAACACAGCGUCAAACACACACAUUGAAACACACUAACACGUACACACGCUCACCAACACACUCAUUUGCUCACACACUCGACAAGGGCUGGAUGAGACAGGACUAAAGCAUGAGCUGUGUCCUGGAUCAGAAAUAUGGGGAAUAGAGUGGGACUUGAUGCAGCCGAAGAUGUGCACACAAACACACAGACAGACACAUACAUAAUCAGAAGAGAUGCAUAUUUGCAUCCUUUCCUUUCUCUUCUGACUCCUUUCUCUCGUUCCUUCUCCUCCUCUCACUCUUCCUUCUGAAGGCCAAUCGGGAUGGAAGAGAAGGAGGAGUGGGAAAGCAUGUGAAUGCCACCUGCCCACCUGCCCCCACACACACACACAAACACACGCACACACACACACACACACGCUCGCGCGCACACACACACACAGAGAAAGACACUCCCGAAAGCCUCGCAGCCCAGUGCUCCACCCAAAGGGACAUCUGACCCAUCAGACAGAUGCUGUCUGCUACCGUAUUGUCUGCAACGUCGCCACCUCACAAUGAAUGCCGACAGAGGUGUCAAAAAUCCCAAGUCAGGAGUUUAAAAUAGAGAUGCACCGGAUCCUGAUUUUUAGGAUCCUGCCGGAUACCGGAUCCACUGCUUAAGAUCCUGCCGCAUCCGGAACCGGAUACCGGAUCCUACGAAAGGGUUGAAACGCAUAGCCUAUUCGCACACGUAGGCCCUUUUUAUCACGUUGGCUCAAACUAUUUUGACUGAAAAGCCUCGGCUACCGGAUCCUGGAUCCAGGAACCGGAUCCGGAUCCUGUGAAAAACCCUAUUAUCCUGCCGGAUCCGGAACCGGAUCCGGUGCAUCUCUAGUUUAAAAACAAACAAAAAACCCUGCCACGGUUUCCUUCCAACACAGGUGGGUGAGUUCACUGAUAGCGCUUUCAGGCCGACUGAGAACCGUGCUGGAGCCCGUUCCCGCACCUAAUCGCGAACCAGCCGUCGUGUUCACGCCACAGAUAUUUGCGUUCGCGAACCGGAAAGUUGGUUCGCAAUGCGAACCGCAAAAUACUAGGUUUUUCUCCGCGAACCGUGACGACAGCGUGCCCGUCAGCAGGUUCAUCCGGGUAACGCAGUCACGUGCGGGAAAAGUUCAGAGCUCGGUAUGAACACGGGCGGUUCGCAGACAAACACUUAAGUGCCGAACGUAACUGGUGCGAGCACCGACACCGGCUCCGUUCUGGUCGGCCUGAAAGCCAGAUGAGUAAACUGGAGUAAACUGUUCUGCCUGCCCAGUGGUACGUUUCUAGAACCAUCGUUGCUAACUUCGUUAGCUACUUUGUUGUUUCCAAUGCAAUUUCCCAUUGACAACUACCCAAGUUGCUAGCUGGCUAACAACUAUGCUUUCGAGAAACGCACUCCUUACAAUCAGCUGAUUCAGAGCCGGUUGGAUCAAAUUUGUGGCAGGGUUUUUUUUCACUUUCUGAACCCAGGAUUGACACCUCCGAAUGCCGGAUCACUCGCCUUUGCGAGUGCUGCCUCCUGUUUUGUCCGUCUGCCUUGUUUGAAAGCAGGACGAUACCACACGUUUUACAACACAACCACCACCACGACUACCACCCUCAUCAUCGAGCUGUGGAAGAUUGUGACGCUCACAAACCACCACCACUCCCCUGCCUCUCCAUCUUCAAGAACCAGACUUACUUGGUGUGUUAUAGAGAUGCUUUUUAGGUCUUUGGCUGGUGGUGGUGUUGAUCGAGGGAUGUGUGUGGUUAUGCGUGUGUGUGUGUCUGUGUGUGUGUGUGCAGUGAUUCUUGACUUAUGUGCCUUUUUGCAUGACAUCAAUGUCCCGUAAACGCAGCAUCGUACUGUAGGCAUCUUUUUCUCCUCCCUUUCACCGUUUGAGAAGGCUGCUCCAAAAAUAUUUCGACUCACCCAAAAAGGCUUGCACACUUGGACGAUGUGGUUGUUUUCAAAAACGUUGGUUCUAGAUGGGGAAUGGACAACAUUGUGAUCCAUAAAGCUGUCGGAUUUAUCAUAUUCCAUGCCAUCCUGAGGUUUCAUGCAUAGUAAUGUGGAAGUGUGGGGUGGAGUUGGUAUACAAAUUUACUCAAGGUGAGAUGCCAUUUGAUUUCACACAAAACAAUUUGAACAGCUUUUCCCCUCUACCAGCUCAUGAUUUUUCGACGCUGUUUGACCAGGAAGCAAUGUUGGGCGCCAAGGGCAUACCCGUCGCGUGUCGUGUUGACAUGGUCGCCUAGACCUAAACCCUGCCAUAAACCUAAAUGUCAGUGAAGUCGUGUCGCCGCAAGGGCGUGUUUUAGAGUGCAAUGGCAGUGUUAGCUUAGCAUCCAAUGUUGCAGCCUGGUCAAUGAGUCGAAAAGUGACGCGUCGGACGGAUACUCUGUAGGAUUCUUUUGAUUUACCUCGACUUUGCUCUCAGCAGCUUUUUCCAGAUGUGAAAAAUAACUACCAUUGCUUCAACUCAUCCAUUCUGCUUAGUGAGUUUCAAAGCGUGGGUUUUUGAAUGGACUGCCUUUACUAUGAUUUGUUUUUAAAUCAAGAGUUAGGAUGAGUUUUUUUCUGUUUUCAAUUCUCUUAUUUGCUGUGUCAGUUCAAUGGACAUCCAUUUGAAGGAUGUAUCAUGCUGCGCUUUUCUGUUAUUUUGUUGUUGUUUCUCUGUGUGAGUCUUCAUGGCCAAAAUAUAAGGCAUUGCUGAUAUUAGUGAUCAAAUAUCGGUCAACACUUUUUUGUGCUGCUAAAAUUGACUUCUGAGGCUUUUCUGACAUUAUUGUGUGCUGUUAAGGAAGGCUACAUGGGGGGUAUUCCAAGAACCUGGCUCAGUAGUAAACCAGGUCCAUGUUUAACCUUGAGGUAGUGGCAAAUAACCUAAUAGAAGAGCCUGUAGUCCUCAUUUUAUGAAGUAUAAAGUCACCCUUGGCCUAUCUAUUAGCAGUUUUACCCCCUCCUGUAGGUUAACUUUGUCAGGGUUAUCAACUUAAUCGUGUUCUUGGAAUACCCUUGUGAAACGUUGUGGAAAUGUCCUUAACUUUUGCUCUUGGUCUUAAUUCUUAAAAUCCUUUUUGCACUUAGAAGAGUGCAGUUGUACGAAAAACAAAGCACCCUUGUCAUAAAGGGACAUCAUUAGUUGUAGGUUAAGUUGAAAAUGUAAUAAUUAUUUUUGAAAGUUAUAUGUUUUCUAAUAUCUAUAAUUGCAAGCGUAACUAUAUUUUUUGUUUUCUAGAGAUUGGUUGUGACUUUUUUAUUUUUGUGUUGGCUUUUGUUUCAGUUGUUUUACUUGAAAACUGGGUGUUAAACCCUGUUUGUGGGCCUAAUACUCAUUGAUAUGAAGUGCAGUCUUAUCAUGACGAGUCUUAAAAGGGAAUAUCGGCCGAGUGAACAAACAGUUAUGCCUGUCGUUGUGGUGAUCUGUCUAACAUCUAAAUCGUUCUGUAUUCUUCAUUUUUUUUUGUUUAAAGCGAUACUAUGCAACUUUUGUUUUGCAAAAUUUAGCAACGUGUUGCAUGGUGUCCCUUUAAAAACAGGUUGGGGAAAUUUGGUUGUCAGACAGACAUACCAAGACUGGGUGUCGAUUAGUCUCAAUUUUUUAUAUAGAAUUAUUUUUCCAGUUUUUGGUUUUUGUGAAAAAACUAAAGGUUUUUCUUUCUCUUUUUUAGUUUUGUUUUAUCCAUCCUACUCCAGGCUCUUAUGAAUGCUGGGUAACACUUUAGAAUAGAGUUCGCACGGUAGCCUCUAAUACAUGAUGCCAAAUUAGGCUACUGUCUCUGUAUCGAUGACUUAUAAGAUGUGUUGAUGGCUUACUAGGUAGGUCUUUGUUACGACGAUUCUAUCAAUAAUAAAGGUCUUAUUGGCAGUGAACAAGAAAUUUGUGAAUACACUCCCAACAAAUUAAUGAUUUUGCUUCACACAAUGUCUUGACACUUGACGCAAUGUCUUGUCAUGACACUUCACGCAGACAGUUGGGCAAGUAUUGUUCAUGGCUAGCCUGGGAACUUUAAAACAAAGUGUUACCGAAUGCUGUAAAUGCAAGCAGCGGAAAGGAAGGAUCUAAGGCAGUCUAUACCAAAUUUCCUGAAACGCAUGGUUUUUUUGGAGGCCUCUUUAACACUAAGGAUUCAGUAGAAAGUGACACAAAUUAGGCCUACUUAAACUAAAUGUAUGCUUGUCAACAAUACAAGUCAUUUUUGUUUGGUAACACGUUACUUAACUCCGGUGUCACAUACAUGACAUGACCGUGUCAAAACAGAGUCAUAAGCAUCGUGUCAAUGUCAUAAACGUUUUAUGGUCAUGAAAAGUUGACAUUGUUUGGGCUGUCUUUAACAUAAGUGAAUGUCAAAUAAUGACAACAGUCACAAAAUGUUUAUGGUAUUGAGAUAUUGUUUAUGACACUUUCAUGACUGCAUCACAACAGUGUUAUGACACACGUAUGACACCAGGAUCAAGUUAAUUGUUACGUUUUGUUUUUUUCGAAGUGAUCCAUUUGAUUUGGUCGUGGUAGUGAGUUCAAGUGGAGACCGUGAGCUAGGCUAUCGAAUAGAGUAGGUCUACAAAAGGACAAAAAAAAAUACACAUCUAUUUAUAACUUCUGAGAAAUACGAUGUACAUUGAAUCGUGACUAUAUAUAUUAUAUAUUAUAUAUUUUUAUUAUUAUUUGACGUGUGAUGGAGUUGGUGCAGUUUUCACUAUGAUGUUUGCGCUUUGUAGUGAGUGAUCGAAUUACAUGCAAGUUCCAGUGAUCCCUUGUUGCAGACUUUAAAAAAAGGUAUGGUAUAAUAGUAUACUACCCUCUGCUGGUCAGAAUGGGGAAAUGACACACAAGCUGAAUGACUAGAGUGACUUCCUAUAGUUGCUCUUAUUAUUGAGAAGCAGUUUCAAUGUUACUGACCGAAGUUGCUUAACCAAUAUCUGCUACUGUAUGAACAGUAAAGCUCCUUAUCCUUUCAAAUGAGGGAAAAGUGAAGAAAUUAUUUCAGAAAUAAUAACCUAUGAGUCUUGAUGAAAUGAACUUUUUUUUUACAUUGCUUGUGAAAGUUACUGAGUGACUGAGUGUAAAUGGCUAGGAAGGGCUGGGAAGUGGACACCAUUGCAAGAUUGUAAAUUGUGAUUACGACUGAUGUGUGUUGUAUUUGAUGCUGUUUACACCAUCGGUGUUGAAGACAAGCGAAGACGGGCUUUUGGCGAAAAAGUCACUCUGGCAAAGUUUUUGACUGGUAGUGUUGCAUGUAAACACUACGGACAUAAAUAACAAACAAGACAGGUUUGUGUACAGUAACCGAUAACCAAUUUAAACUAAACCAACCAGUUAAACCAAUUUAACAAGCAUCUGCCGUUAGCCAGAUAUGCAUAUUAAAGGGGUAUGCCACUAUUUUGAGGCUUAAUACAGUUAAAAU